AUGAUUGCCAAGCUCGGUUCGCCGUUGGGUGCUCCGUCCCUGGUGGCCACGGCGGCCCAGUUUAGGAACCGACUGCCCACCCAGUUCCGACGGGCCCUCCCCAUCUACAUCGCCGCCGUUUGCCUGAUCCUCUUCAUCUUCAAUCUCAACCUCUUCCAAACGAGCGGACGGGUACCCCUCAGCCGGGCGCCCGUGUUGGGGUCGAGCGCAGACAAGGUCAGGCCCGAUUUUCCGAGAAAGAUCUGGCAGACGUGGAAGGUGAACCCGCUCAAGUUCGAGGAGCGCGACCUCAACACGGCGCGGUCAUGGGUUGGAAAGAACCCCGACUACCGAUACGAGGUCCUGACCGACGACAAUGACCUGCGCUACGUCGAAUACCACUUCGGCCCGGAUGGCUUCAACCGGCCUGAUAUCGUCAACUUUUACCGCGACGUGAAGGCUGCCAUCGUCAAGGCCGACCUCCUGCGAUACAUGAUUAUGUACGCUGAGGGCGGGUUGUAUGCCGACAUCGAUGUCGAAGCGCUCAAGCCGCUGUCCAAGUUCAUCCCGGAAAGAUAUGCGGAGAAGGACAUUGAUAUGGUCAUCGGCGUCGAGAUCGACGAGCCCGACUGGAAAGACCACCCGAUCCUUGGUCCCAAGUCGCGUUCGUUCUGCCAGUGGACCUUCAUGUGCAAGCCGCAACUGCCUGUGAUGAUGAGGCUGAUUGAGAAGAUCAUGUCAUGGCUCAACGGCGUGGCAAAGGAGCAAGGCGUCUCGCUCGCCGAGGUCGAUCUUGAUUUUGACCAGAUCAUCAGCGGCACCGGGCCAUCGGCUUUCACCGAGGCCAUCAUGAUCGAGAUGGAUCUGCACAAGGAGGACCCCCGGACGAAGAUCGACUGGAAUCUGUUCCACGAUCUCGAUGAGUCCAAGGUCGUAAGUCGGGUGCUGGUCCUCACGGUCGAGGCCUUUGCAGCUGGCCAGGGUCACUCGCACUCUGGAAACCACGAAGCCAGGGCGGCUCUCGUUAGGCACCACUACCACGCGUCCAACUGGCCCAGCAGGCACCCCCGCUACAGCCACCCGGCGUAUGGUGAGGUAGAGAGGUGCAACUGGGCCCCCGACUGCAAGAAGAAGGAAGAGGAAGAAAAGAAGAAGAAGCAGAAAGAAGCCUCGGAAAGGAAGAAGAAGGAGGCGGAAGAGGCGUCACGGAAAAAGAAGGAGGAAGAGGAGGCGGCGUCGCGCCAGAAGAAGGAAAACGAGGAGGCUGAGGCUGAGAAGGAGAAGGAGAAGCAAGGAGCUGACAAGGGUCAGGAGGGAGCUGAGGCGCCACAGCAGGAGAAGAAGUCUGGGUGGUUCUCGUGA